AUGAAUGCAGACCGCCUAAUUGAUGCUUUGAAGGCGCAAGCAGAAGGCCUAGAGGUACUAGGCAGACAGGACUCGAAGUUUGACGACCGAUGUCUAUACUAUAACCGAAGCUUGAAUUACCUACCCUUAGCAAUUGUACGACCAACGAAGGCAGAUCGAGUAUCCAAAGUUGUUUCUUUCUGCACCGCGCAAAAUAUCCCGCUUGCCGUUCGAUCCGGUGGUCAUGACUUCUAUGGUCGCUCGCUUGUUGAUAAUGGCGUCGUCGUAGACAUGAGGUCCUUGAGCUCGGUCAACGUUGCAGACGAUCAAAAGAGUGCUUCUGUCGGCGGUGGUGUGAUCGCUGGUGACUUGCAGCAAGCCCUUGCCAAACACGGGCUGUUCACACCAACCGGCCAGGCGAAGACGGUCGGCUACGUCAGUUGGGCUUGCGGAGGCGGUUACGGCUUCUACGUAGGAACCUACGGCUUCGGGGUCGAUCAGAUCCUAGGGGCUAGAGUGGUUUUGGCUGACGGACGCAUCAGAGAUACUGACCACGACAAGGAAUUGUUGUGGGCACUUCGUGGAGCGGGUGCCGGCACGUUUGGCAUCAUUGUCGAGCUGCGCGUCAAGGUUUAUCCAAACCCAAAGAUAUACGCUGGGUUCCUAGCCUUCCCGAUAUCCGAGGCAUCUGCUGUGCUUGAGCAAUUCCAACAAAUGAAUGCGGACGGGGACAUUCCCGAUGCCUUCAGCGGCGAUGCAAUUGUGGCAAACCCUGAGAUGCUGCAGCUUACUGUGAAAGCUGAGCCCGCGUACAUAUUCUAUUGGUGCUGGACUGCGGUGCAAGGGGAUUUGUCGGAAGCAAGGGCAUACUUGAGAAAGAUGGAAAGUUUUGGUGCCAUCCUUAUCAAUACGAUCCAAGAAACUACACCAGCCGCGUUUGGAGGCGGCGACUCAUCUUCCCCAACAUACUUUCGCAGCUGUAAUUUCACAGACGUUCUGCCCGACGUUGGCAAGGUAUUGGCCCUAAACCCACCACCCCAGACAUUAUCUGCGGUCGUUGUGCACAACAACCAUGGCAAAGGAGUUAGACAAGAUAUCAAAGAUGGCAUCGGAGCUGCUUUCCCCAAUCGUCGCCGCCAUGUUAUACUUGGGCUUCACGGCGGAACGCACGAGAACGCACAUAAUGACAGGGACGCGCUAGGAGAGAGCACAGCUUGGGUUCGCCACCUGCAAAAACAGUUGUCGAGCCUUAAUUGCCAUCUCAAAGAAAGGUUUCCAGCCUUUUGUUCACCGGAUGAUGUAGAUUCAACAACUUUUUUUGGACUUGACGCCGAGCGACGGCUUUCGCGUCUUAAGGCUAAGCUGGACCCAAAUAACGUCUUUAACAAAGCAUUCCCUAGAUUAAUGGCUACGUCUACAGCAACGACUUAA